UACUUAGGCUCAGACAUGGAGGAGUUCCACGGGAGGACAGUGCACGAUGACGACAGCUGCCAGGUGAUCCCCGUGCUGCCCCGUGUGAUGGUGAUGCUGAUCCCAGGCCAGACUCUGCCUCUGCAGCUGUUCCACCCCCAAGAGGUUAGCAUGGUGCGGAAUUUAAUUCAGAAGGACAGAACCUUUGCUGUCCUUGCAUACAGUAAUGUUCAUGAAAGAGAAGCACAUUUUGGAACCACAGCAGAAAUCUAUGCCUACAGGGAAGAGCAGGAGUAUGGAAUUGAGACAGUCAAGGUGAAAGCCAUAGGAAGACAGAGGUUCAAGGUGCUGGAGAUCAGGACGCAGUCAGAUGGAAUCCAACAGGCCAAAGUGCAGAUCCUUCCUGAGCGGGUGCUGCCCCCAACCAUGUCAGCAGUGCAGCUGCAGUCCCUCAGCAGGCGCCACGUGUUUCCCUCCCCCAAACCCACCUCCUGGCAAGACACAGCCAUACACCAGUGGUGGCAGAAGUACCAGAAGAGGAAGUUCCACUGUGCAAGUUUGACAUCUUGGCCUCCCUGGCUCUACUCUCUCUACGAUGCUGAAACCUUGAUGGAAAGAGUCAAGAGGCAACUCCAUGAGUGGGAUGAAAAUCUCAAAGAUGAAUCUCUUCCAUCCAACCCCAUAGAUUUCUCCUACAGGGUGGCUGCUUGCCUGCCCAUUGAUGAUGGACUGCGCAUCCAGCUGCUGAAGAUCGGCAGCGCCGUGCAGCGGCUGCGCUGCGAGCUGGACAUCAUGAACAGGUGCACAUCUCUGUGUUGUAAGCAGUGCCAGGACACAGAAAUAACCACCAAGAAUGAAAUAUUCAGCCUGUCCCUGUGUGGGCCCAUGGCCGCGUACGUCAACCCCCACGGCUACAUCCACGAGACGCUGACGGUGUGCAGAGCCUCCAACCUCAGCCUCAGUGGCAGAGCCUCCACCGAGCACAGCUGGUUCCCAGGGUAUGCCUGGACUAUAGCCCAGUGCAGGAUCUGUGGGAACCACAUGGGCUGGAAGUUCACAGCCACCAAGAAGGAGAUGUCCCCUCAGAAGUUCUGGGGGUUGACACGUUCUGCCCUCCUGCCCCGGAUCCCAGAGGGAGAGGAAGACUCCGGCCACGAUCGAACACCACUGCUCUGCCUGUGA